AUGAAGCCCGCAUCGCUGAAAAUCAUGAUGCCCGCGAUGACGGCGGCGAACCGCGAGCGCGCUCUUUCCCGGAGGUUGGUCAGGCGCUCCCUGUACGAGUAUUUCCAGCCGUGUCCGACGGCCACCCUGACACCACCCAGUGAAGAAUCCGACCCCUGGCUGGCGUUUGACUGGCGCACGCGUCGCUACACCUUCCGCCGGCUUUACGCUUCUGACACGCAUUCGCGGUCGUAUCUCUUUGAGACGAUCGCGGUGCCGCUGACGCUGCUCCAACGGCACUCCGAGGCGUUGCGCGUGCUGAGCGAGUACUUCACUCGGCUUAGCUACGUGAUGGUCGUCGUGAAUGAUCUUGUGGAUCAACAGGAGCAACAGAGGCAACAGCAGGAGCAACAGCAUGAGCGGCGGAAGAGCUGGUGGGGCCAGUUCGUGCAGUGGAGCUGGUGGGUCGAUAUCUCGCACUGGGCGCAGGGGGAGUAUCUUGGCCCGGAUCCGGCCACCCCCGGGGUUGGGGAUUGGAUCCAUGAAGAGAAGGCCAUGUUCAAGACGGACGUCUACAACAUCAUCCAACAGGCGUAUCGGCGAGUUCCUGCCUUGGAUCGUGUGCAGCUUCGGGUCCGCCCGGUUCGGGCCUGUCACAAGGAGGACGGCUGGAUUGGCAUGGCUCGCGGAAGUAGGUAUAGCGGCAUGGAUAUGGGCAUCCAGGUCUCGCCGAUUGAGCCCCUGUUGCUGACAGCACCUGAUGGUCCCGUAAUCAGAUCGGACUUGCGCAAGUAG